UUUACGUCACGGCGCGCGACGCCGAACAAGAAGGCACCUCAGAAGAGGGCUGCGCGUGAAGGAAGCGGGAAAGUUUCCCUAUCUCGACAAGUCUCGUGCCUGCCCCUUCCUUUAUCCCUUGUUCUAUGGAGCGGGGACGAAACUGAGGCGCUAUAAAAGGAGCUCCAGUAAGCCAAAGGAGAGGCGAGAGGGAGGGCAGACUCCCAAUUUUCAUUUUGAGUGACAUAGUGCGGAUUCCAGACAGACGAGCUGUAUUCAAGAAUUGAUCUAACACUGGUGUACCUUGCAGGAAUGUAAACAUGGCUGAAAUAAUCUCUGUCCGGGGAACUUUGAGCCCUUCCAACAGAAAUAGUCAAUGCAUUAAUGAGAGAAAAGAAAAGGAGUUUGCUUAACCACACCACAAAGUGAGGGAUAAUCUUGCUACUUUCGAACCAACAAAAACUUUAAACCUGUCCAUUUGUCUUCAUAUUUUAAGUUGGGGCUUACUGGUAUGUUGCCUGACCCCUCCUCAUGUAGGUUAACAAUAUUGGAACAAGUCUUUUGCUACUUUCUGCAAGACUUAAGGAUGCAUGGCAUAAAGUUCAUACUAAACAGUUGUUGGAGCUGGAGGAAAAGGUUUUUUUUAAUACAUAUUUUACAUAUAAUAGGCCUGAUUUAUCUUUCUGUGUAAAGUUCCACAACAAUAAUGUUAAUAUUUUUGAGAAAGCUGUUCGGAAAGUUUUUUCUAAUGCUUUUUACAACCACUCAAAAUAAAAAAUGGAUGCAACUCAUUUUGCUAGCAGCUCAUUUUUGUUCCAGAUGUGGUACAAAAUAUGUAUGCUCUUUGGCAUAGUUACCACCUUAUUGUCUGCCCCUUACUGUUUUCUUUUCCUUCUAGGCAGUAUGCUACAAAUAAUGGUCAGAGCUUGUUUGGAAAAUCAGUGGAAGCCAGUUUAUUCCCAAAUACACAGUUGCUUACUGCAAAAGCAGAUUAAAAACUGGCACAGGAGCCUUAGCACUACAAACACACAAUGUUCAAAAUUGCGGAAAACUUGUAAAGGAAGUCUAUCUGAGAAGAAGCUGACUCGAUAUUUUGUCGAUCACCGAAAGGUUCGUGUGAUAGGAGGGAAAGGAGGAGAUGGUAUUGCCUGUUUUCUCAGUGAACCUAGGAAAGAAUUUGGAGGUCCCAAUGGUGGAGAUGGAGGAGAUGGGGGGCAUGUUAUAUUUAAAGUGGAUCGGCAAAUGAAAUCCUUGGCCUAUCUCUACCCAUUUUAUAGAGGCUUCAGUGGGGAAAAGGGAGGAAGCAAAAACUGUUAUGGAGCAGGUGGCAAGCCCCUUUAUAUUAAGGUACCUAUUGGUACCGUGAUUAAGGAAGGCACUAAGGUUGUAGCUGAUCUCAACCAUCCCGGAGAAGAAUACGUUGCAGUCUAUGGUGGAGCCGGGGGCAAAGGCAACCGUUUCUUUCUGGCUAAUGACAACCGAGCACCGACAACUGCGACUCCAGGAGAACUGGGUCAGGAAAGAUCCCUUCACUUGGAGCUCAAAACUGUGGGCCAUGCAGGGAUGAUUGGAUUCCCCAAUGCUGGGAAAUCGUCCCUUUUGCGAGCAAUCUCCAGAGCAAAACCUGCUGUGGCUCCUUACCCAUUCACAACCCUGAAUCCCCACGUAGGCAUUGUUCACUACGAAGAUUACGAGCAGAUUGCAGUUGUAGAUAUCCCUGGAAUAAUAAAAGGAGCCCAUGAAGAUCGGGGUCUUGGCUUGGACUUUCUGAGACAUAUAGAACGCUGCUGCUUUCUCCUCUUUGUGUUGGAUCUUUCUGUGGCUGAGCCCUGGGCUCACUUGGAAGCCUUGAAGUAUGAACUGGAACAGUAUAAAGUUGGCUUGUCAAAGACGCCUCAUGCCAUUGUUGCAAAUAAGCUUGACCUUCCGGAGUCCAAGAACAACUUGCUUCUCCUUAAGGAGCAAGUGAAGCAGAGGGUCAUCCCACUCUCUGCUCUGACAGGAGAAAAUCUGGAGGAAUUGUUGGUGCAUCUAAGAGAACUCUAUGAUGAAUAUCUGAAAUCAGAAAAAGAACAGUUUCGCAAGCCAAUGAAAUGGUAGUAACAGAACUCUUCCAUUAUCACAUUGAGAUAGGAAGAACAUUUGGAGUGCAAGCGUGGACCGGAGGGAUACAAGCAGAAUGAAAUUGCUUUUUAUUCUUUAAUGUUGCGAGGAGAUACACAGAGUCCUACCAGCAGAGUGCUGCAGAAGCAGAUAAGGAAGAAUGGUCAAUCUGCACAAACAAUAAAUUAAGCAAAAGACGCGUCCACCAAGCAACAGAAAGUGACAUUUUCUUAAGCCUAUUGAGACCUUCAGGGCGUAAUUUAAUCAAAGCAACAUUCAAUAAUUUAAUUUAAAAAUGUUUAUUUAUUAUAUUAUGGCAUUUCUGUACUACCAAUUCCACAUGGACUCCAGGCAGUUUACAAAUUCUUAUAAACAUCAAAUAUAGCACCAUAGAAGUUCCGCUAGAAUUGCACUUAAAACCCAUAAUAAUCCUUCCCAAACAACAGCGUAAAUCAGAGUUGGGCAGUUAAUUUUCUCAAGGGGAUACACACGAAACUGGGACUGUUGUUAUCUUCCAAGGGAAGAAAAGGACUCUUGAGUAUCCCAUGCCUGGAUGUCUGCAUUGGAUGAAUCACUUCUCUUCGGGUCAGGCUCUCCUGAACCUAUCUGGGUGCCAACUUGGUGACAACCAACACAAUAUACAGACACACUUGAAACUCAAAAACACACUAAGGCAGAAGCUUGUCCACCCCAGGAUAAGACACCCAGACAAACUGGGCAAUGUGAUAUAUGCAGCACAAUGCAGUGAGAUGUGUACAGAUCUGUACAUUGGAGAAACAACAACCACUUCACAAAUGCAUGGCACAUAGGAGAAGAAAUACAUCAGGACAAGGUUCAGCAGUCCAUCUGCAUUUGAAAGAUAAAAGUCACUUUUGAAGACAGUAGAGUCCACAUUCUGGACAGAGGACUACUAGUUUGAAAGGUCAAAAAGGGCAAUUAUAUUAAGAUUAGAACAGCCCACUCUCAACAGGGGGGAAAGGAUAUGACCCCACUUAUCUCCUGUUUACAACAGUCCUUUCAGCAGUUCCAAGAAGCCUCCACCUACCCAUUUGCAUUAUUCAGGUGACUGAGGGUGGCCUCCAUGAUCCUCAGAAAGAGUGCUAAUGAUCACAGGACUGCAAGGAAUAUAAAUCCAUCCUGCACCAUUCAGUCAGAACCGAAGA